ACUUAAACAAUCAUGGCGGCGUCACUAGAAAACUUGGAGACGCAGCUGGAAAUGUUUAUCGAAAAUGUUAGGCAGAUACGGAUUAUCGUUGGUGAUUUUCAACCUCAAGGACAAAACGUGUUGAACCAAAAAAUUCAGACACUUGUGCACGGCUUGCAAGAAAUUGACAAACUGAAGGGACAGGUGCAAGAUGUCCAUGUUCCUCUGGAAGUGUUUGAUUAUAUUGAUCAAGGCAGAAAUCCACAGCUGUAUACCAAGGACUGUAUAGAAAAGGCACUAGCCAAGAAUGAACAAGUGAAAGGAAAAAUUGAUGCUUACCGCAAAUUCAAAGCACAUUUACUUUUAGAACUGAGUAAUGCAUUCCCAAAUGAACUGGCUAAAUAUCGAGCCAUUCGGGGAGAUGAAAGACCUCUACCUUAGAUUUGUAAAACUCGUGUGCAUGUGACACCUGUGAAAGUGACAGUAAAUUUAUGAUUGUGAAUGAAAUGUUAUUUGACUGUUUUGUGUUGAAAAAUAUAUGUAUAAUGUGUAACAGAAAAGGAUCAGUUUCUUUCGAAUCUUUUUUAUGAUGAUUCUUUAAUUGUACUCAUGAAUUCAAUUUUUGACCUGGCUAGAUUGUUUGGUUUAUUGGUUCAAAAUUGAGAUGUACCAUUUCAUUUGGUAAGUGGUAAAGUAUUAUAUAAGAGAUCUUCCAGAUAACUUCUAGUCUUAUAACUGGAAUAUGCACAGAAGUGUAAAUUAGACAAGUGUCUGUCAUUGUGAAUACAGUGCCUUGUUAUGUUAAAAUAAUUGCUUUUAUUUGAAAAAAAAAUGUUAAAUUUAUUUUGUUAUGUUUUGAGUGGGAUAAUAUGAAGGCAAACAACAAAGUGGUCAAGUGCUUGUUUUGAAAUACAAUUUAAAAUAUGAAGGUGAA